AUGUACAAUAGUGUAGACGGCUACUUCAGGGGUUAUAUUGUAAAAUGGAAAAUUUCUCUGAUCUCUGAUCUCUCGAUUCCUCUCGGCCUCUCAUCUCUCCAGCUUGCGUUGACCUUGCAGCUUGCUCCGCCCACGACGGCGGUCCGAGUCGCCGGCGACCAAAAGCUCCACGGCCACCUCCAGUGCGCCAAAGAGCAUGAUUGCGACGAGCACCCCGUAGUAGGGGCAGAGCAGCGCCCUGCUGCUGAGGAACAUGGCGCCGGGCACCCUGCAAAGUGCGAGCAGCAGCGCCGCGACGGCCUUGGUGGCCUGUUUGAUGGACGGCGGACCGACGAGCUGCCGGAGAGUGGAGGAAAGCGAUGGGGAGUGCUGCUCCGAGAGGCUGACAGAGUGAUCUUAGAUGGAUGGAGAUCCCAGAUGAAAGGAUGGUGCGAGGGAUUCUUGGAGAAAGUCUGUGAUCGCCCACCGGCGCAAGAUCUUUUGUAGUCGUUUUUGCCUUCUCUUUUAGAUCGCCUGUAGGAUGCUAGUUUGCAUCUUUUGUUCUGAGACCUUUCCUGUAAGUCGGUAAUCCCGACCCCGGAUGUUUGUACCAAACCUAUAUGCUUUCCAUAAAAGUACUCCCUCUGUUCCUUAUUAUUUAUCA